AUGGCUUCUCUCGAUGCCCUUACCCAUGACGCCAAGCAGCGGUCAUAUUUCCACCAGGUCGAGAGCUCGCGCCAGUUUCGCAGAGUCGUUCCCAUACUUACAGAGGCCAACUGGCUUGCUUCUAUGAUCUUCGGGAUCGGGCUGAUGUCUUUUCAUUUUCAAACAACUCGGACAGCGCAGCCCCAAUCAGACAACCCCGAUCCCUUCAGAGCGCUGCUCAUCCUGCGCUAUUCGGCCCCAUUGGCGAGAGCAAUCGGACCAUGGCUCAUGAGUAGCAUGCUUCCGUCGAUGAUCCGCCGCAACAACGAAGUUUCAUUACCUCUCGAUGAAAGAGACGACAUGGCCGUCCUCAACCUUCAUACGCUUCUGGACGGGGACAUUUUAAGCUUUUCAACUAAGACGCACGCUGUAUGCGAGCAUGCUAUUCAUGCUUUGUAUCAGUGGCUGCUUGUGACUUCAGGGCGGCCUCGGACAUGGCGCGACUUCAUCGAGUGGCCAGCAGCUAUCAGUGAUGAAUUUCUGAUUCUCACGCAAAAGCAGAGACACCCUGUUGCAGUGAUUAUCCUCAUACACUGGUGUGCCAUCAUGAGCAGCGCACCUAAAACUUGGUUUAUGGAUGGUUGGGCUGUCGCGACAGCGUCACAGGCCAUGUCGUGGCUGGACGAGUCGUGGAGGCAAAGCCCAGGUAUGGUCUGGGCAAGGGAAAGGUUGAUGAUCUAA